UUCUGCCAGGGAAGGCACAAAAAGCAGCAGCGGUGCUACGGUGCCGCUGCAGCGCCGCAGGAUGAUGAUGAUGAUGAUGCAGAUGCUCAAAUCUGCUGCCGAGCCUGCUGGUGCCCGGUACCCCACUGCAUCCCCUAGAUCAUCACCCCUCAAGCACCUCCCCAUGUUGCAUAUCUCCCCAUUGCAAUCCUGUCUCCACCAUCCUGCUCGACCUGGAGUUUCCGGCCUCGCGUUGCCACUCACCCUAUGAUGCGCUGUGAGCGGUCAGCUGCGCAUGGAGACUCUCCCACUGGGUCAUGAGCACUCGCUGGAGUCGCUGUGUUGGGGUGCGAAUACAAUGUUCCGUAACGGCGCCGUGGUUGUUGACGGCGAGAUGGCAGGCCGCAGAUCAGUUCGGUUGGACUCGAUCUGGUGGCGCGGUGGUGACCUUCGCGUGCUCUCCAGGUCUCGUUGCGGUGCGCCUUCUCGAAGGGCAAGGUGGUCGUUGCUUUCUCGUACUCUCAAGAGGCGGAUCAUUGGAGGAUUCGUCGAACGUGUGCAGUCACGUAGCUGGAGCAUGUGACUGGAAAUCAGAGGGAGUACUCGUGUCUCGGGUUUGCUUAGUGCGGCCUUCAGAACUCAUCGUUGCGAUGUGUAACUUUUGUGGACAGUUUGGUGGGUGCGAAGCGUCAGGUGGGGAGCGUAAUGUAUUUCUGAUUGGGACUUUGUGGAGGUGGGCUCCCAUUAGCAGCUGAAAUUGGACCUGAGCUCCACGGACACGACCAUAUUCGCUUUUUUUAUUCCGAUAUUUAACGAAGGUUUUAGGUGACUGGCUCGAUGUUGUCUACCCCUAGACUACUGAAAUUGGGGGGUUACUAUUAACAUUAGUAGUGCUGGAGUAAAGUCAACGUUGCAAUCUUCAGGAAUUUGGUUGUCUGAAUUCCUUCAGAAAAUGAACUUGCAGACGCUGCGGAGCAGAAAAAUGUGUCGGAGGUUGUUUUCAUAUGCAAGUCUUAUGGAGUUACCACGAGCCUUUGCCAUUACUCGAUAUGGACCGGUCUCACUCAAUUCCCUAGCUAGUUGAUCGGCAGUAGCUUCUUCUAGCAAUGUUCACUGGACCUUGGACCCUCUAAACCCUCCAGUCAUUCUUUGGCACUUUACUUCGUGUCACUGACCUAUCGACUAAAACAUUCAUUAACCUUUACUAACCAGGUUACUCAGCGACGAUCAAGAUGAAAUUUGGUAUUGAAACUACGGUUUCUAAAUAUGUGGCUUCGGUUCUUCCAGAGGCUAUCUACGAUCGCCCCACUGACUUGAUUCUAUGGUCAGGAGCCCACCCUCUACCCAUAUGCAAUGCGGUACGAAUCCCAAGAUAUAGUUAUACAAUUCACACUCUCAAGCUUAUCGCAAUUCAAGAUCUCGGCACUGGGUCGGUGAUCAAUUUUGCAACUCCAACUUUCUUCCUCAUCCUGAUCUGCAUCCGAUGACAGGCUUAUGCUUGGCGCUCAUGACCUAGUUGUGCUAGUAAAUAGACAACAUAUCGGAGACUCCUGUGGGGCAAUCUAAUCAGCUGGAGCGUGAGGCUGAUUACCACGCUAGAGGUUUCACUUCCUGUAAUCGACGUUUACUCGUGUAGUGCAGUACAGAUCCUAAGGUUUUCCAACAAGUGAAAGUUUAGAUUUCUUUUAUCGUAGUAGCUGUGGUGCUAACUUACUAUUUUUGCUCUCAUUUGCUGCAGAAUCGUCCUAGUGUGUUCAUUUCACCUCCCAUCUCACCAUUUGAAAAUACAAUUCGUUCUCGCAAUUCUUAAAUGCUUCAA